AAAGAAGCCUGUGUCUUAUGUGUCACAGGGCCUAGCACAUAGGAGGUACUGGAUAAAUUAAUUUUUGAAUCAAACCUCUUCUGAGCCUCUGUGAUGUGGAAGGUACGGUGCUAGGCACUACUGGGGGUAUACAAAGUCGUGUCUCUGAUCGUAAGGAAAUGAGAGUCCAUGGGGAACAAGACAUGAAAAGUUCAUAAAUAUAUUCCUUAAGGCACUGUGAGAUAACUCGAAGUUAAUUCUACAGAAAUUUAAAAGGAGGGAACAUUUCUGACUUAUGUAACAAUUGUCACACACACUCUCCUUUUCACUUGGAAAUGGACUCUUAUCUGUUAAUUAUUUUCUUAAUGGUUUACAAGUGUCUUUUAUUGUGUGGCUUGGAUCUGUUUUAAAAGCAGGUGGGUCAUAAAUAAUAAAUAAAGAAAACAGGUGAUCAGGCUCAAGAGGCCCUCUGGGUUGUGCGUUCAGACAGUAUCCAAGAAGUUUGACUUGGUGUGAAAGGGUGGGAUUACAUGUUAAUGAUAGCAGGGUUUAGAUUCUACACUGAAAGGAAGCAGUUGGUGAGCCCUAGGAGGAGUUGAAGGAAAGAGGUUACAAAAAUGGAUGCUUCCCAAGACCCUCCAUUAAGCCUCCUGGGAUAGGUCUCCUGUCUGUCCCUAGACCCCAGGGUACUGCUGGGCACUUCAAGAGAGACAGAGAAUUUGAAUACUCAUUAGUCUUGGAAUGUAGGAAUAACAAUUCAUCCGAACAAGUAAACAUGAUAGACAAUUUUUUUUUUUUUACCCACUGAGGACAUUGGGUCUAAAAAUCUGAUUUGUGCCUAGGAAUUAUCAGUAUAGAAUUCUCAUUACUUUAUAGAAUUGAUAUUGCAUAGUUCUGUAGGAUAAGGAUCUAGCACUUGAGUUAUGAAUAGCUCAGGAUGACAUAACACACAAUGGUUAGUUGGACUGGUAUGUCCACAAAGCUGAAUUCUAAUUCAACUAUGAGCAUCUCUGAUUCUGCUUCUGAUUCUAGAUGACUUUAAUCUCAAAUUGAAUAUUCUGACAUUUCUGUAAAAUGGGGCAUGAGAGAGCACGUCGGUUAUGGGGUUUAAAUAUAAAAGAAUUAAGAGCUGAGAAGUGCCUUCUUGGUCAAUUAAACCACACUGAAAUCCCGUUUUCCUUUUCUUCUUUUUCAUAAUUAGAGAGGAAGUGGAGGGAAAGAAAAUAAAUAACUUUAACAAAGUAUGCCUAGUUUAAACGCACCAGGUCCCCGCUCUUUUAUAAACUCAUGAUUCUCAUUGCAUCACUAAUUUGAAAUUAAAUCACAGCUCCGUGGUGUCUCAGAAAGCUUACUAUUGCUUUUCACUACGUAACUUUCCAAGUCUGUGUGCUUGGUACUCUAGGAUGUUAGGCCACCAGAGGAAAGAGGUUAUAUCUUUUUGAUAGUCGAAUUCCCUUCAACGUCUAGCACAGUGCCUUGCACAUUUACCCACUCAAAAAAAAAAAAAAAUUCUUAAGGAAUUAAUAAAUGAAUCCUUAGGAGGAAAAGUUAAAAUGAAGUUUUUCUCUCAGGAUGAGAAGGUGUAUUUCCCCGUUCAUUUCAGAUAUGCAUCAGCUAGUCAGCGUAAAUUGUGCUUUUUAUAUGCUCACCAGGUGUAGGUAAGAGCUUUGGCUGAGAUGGAGAAAUUCAUCGCGGGAGGAUAAUAAAGCGGGCCGGGAUUUGGCAACCUCAGAGCCGCGAGGAGGAGGCGGAGUCGCGGAGAGUUUGAGUAUUUCCGUCCAAUCAAAAGGAGACUGCAGGAGGAGGAGGAGGAGAUGACGGGGGAGCGGGAGCUCGAGAAUACUGCCCAGUUACUCUAGCGCGCCAGGUCGAACCGCAGCUUCUUGGCUUAGGUACUUCUACUCACAGCGGCCGAUUCCGAGGCCAACUCCAGCAAUGGCUUUUGCAAAUCUGCGGAAAGUGCUCAUCAGUGACAGCCUGGACCCUUGCUGCCGGAAGAUCUUGCAAGAUGGAGGGCUGCAGGUGGUGGAAAAGCAAAACCUUAGCAAAGAGGAGCUGAUAGCCGAGCUGCAGGACUGUGAGGGCCUUAUUGUUCGCUCUGCCACCAAGGUGACCGCUGAUGUCAUCAACGCAGCUGAGAAACUCCAGGUGGUGGGCAGGGCUGGCACAGGUGUGGACAAUGUGGAUCUGGAGGCCGCAACAAGGAAGGGCAUAUUGGUUAUGAACACCCCCAAUGGGAACAGCCUCAGUGCCGCAGAACUCACCUGUGGGAUGAUCAUGUGCCUGGCCAGGCAGAUUCCCCAGGCGACGGCUUCAAUGAAGGAUGGCAAAUGGGAGCGGAAGAAGUUCAUGGGAACAGAGCUGAAUGGAAAGACCCUGGGAAUUCUUGGCCUGGGCAGGAUUGGGAGAGAGGUAGCUACCCGGAUGCAGUCCUUUGGGAUGAAGACGAUAGGGUAUGACCCCAUCAUUUCCCCAGAGGUCUCAGCCUCCUUUGGUGUUCAGCAGCUGCCCCUGGAGGAGAUCUGGCCUCUCUGUGAUUUCAUCACUGUGCACACUCCUCUCCUGCCCUCCACAGCAGGCUUGCUGAAUGACAACACCUUUGCCCAGUGCAAGAAGGGGGUGCGUGUGGUGAACUGUGCCCGUGGAGGGAUCGUGGACGAAGGCGCCCUGCUCCGGGCCCUGCAGUCUGGCCAGUGUGCCGGGGCUGCACUGGACGUGUUUACAGAAGAGCCACCACGGGACCGGGCCUUGGUGGACCAUGAGAAUGUCAUCAGCUGUCCCCAUCUGGGUGCCAGCACCAAGGAGGCGCAGAGCCGCUGUGGGGAGGAAAUUGCUGUUCAGUUCGUGGACAUGGUGAAGGGGAAAUCUCUCACGGGGGUUGUGAAUGCCCAGGCCCUUACCAGUGCCUUCUCUCCACACACCAAGCCUUGGAUUGGUCUGGCAGAAGCUCUGGGGACACUGAUGAGAGCCUGGGCUGGGUCCCCCAAAGGGACCAUCCAGGUGAUAACACAGGGAACAUCCCUGAAGAAUGCUGGGAACUGCCUAAGCCCUGCAGUCAUUGUCGGCCUCCUGAAAGAGGCUUCCAAGCAGGCGGAUGUGAACUUGGUGAACGCCAAGCUGCUGGUGAAAGAGGCUGGCCUCAAUGUCACCACCUCCCACAGCCCUGCUGUACCAGGGGAGCAAGGCUUCGGGGAAUGCCUCUUGGCCGUGGCCCUGGCAGGCGCCCCUUACCAGGCUGUGGGCUUGGUCCAAGGCACUACACCUGUACUGCAGGGGCUCAAUGGAGCUGUCUUCAGGCCAGAAGUGCCUCUCCGCAGGGACCUGCCCCUGCUCCUGUUCCGGACUCAGACCUCUGACCCUGCAAUGCUGCCUACCAUGAUUGGCCUCCUGGCAGAGGCAGGCGUGCGGCUGCUGUCCUACCAGACUUCACUGGUGUCAGAUGGGGAGACCUGGCACGUCAUGGGCAUCUCCUCCUUGCUGCCCAGCCUGGAAGCGUGGAAGCAGCAUGUGACCGAAGCCUUCCAGUUCCACUUCUAACCUUGGGGCUCACUGGUCCCCGCCUCUGGGGCUUUUCUGAAGAAACCUACCCACUGUGAUCAAUAGGGAGAGAAAAUCCACAUUCUUGGGCUGAACGCGGGCCUCUGACACUGCUUACACUGCACUCUGACCCUGUAGUACAGCAAUAACCGUCUAAUAAAGAGCCUACCCCCAA